CCCGUCCCCACAAUCCACCGCACGAUAACCAUGCCGAACCCGUCAAUCACCAAGAUCGCCGGUCAACUUUACCUUGGCGAUAGCACGAGUUCUCGUGAUCAGAAAAUCCUCGGCGAGUACAACAUCACCGCCGUGGUCUCUCUCAGUGGGGGGCAAUGGGUCCAUUGGAGCCAGCCCUGGUAUAAGAAGAUCAUCCCUAAAGGAAACCACCUCUUCAUAAAGUGCGAAGACAGCAUGACGCAGGAUCUGCUGCCCGAACUUGCCGACAUUUGCGACUUCAUCAACCAGCGUCUGGAUUCCGGUUCCGUCCUCGUCCAUUGCGACCGAGGCGUGUCGCGGUCUGCUACGGCUGUGAUCGCCUAUAUAAUGCAAACUUAUCAGUACGACCUUGCCGCCGCCUUGGCCUUUGUAGGAGAAAAGAGGAAGAUCAAGCCGAACGAUAACUUUAAGGAGCAGUUAGAGGUAUGGGGAGCGGUCGGGGGCAACGUCUGGGUGGCACCGGGAGUUCCCAAGGCAGAAUAUGCGGUUUACCUGGCGAAGAGGACAAAGAGAUUGCAGGAGGCUGGGAUGACUGGAAACGAACCAAUCGGCGUAACGUCCUUGUAACUAACGACCUACCUUAACUGUACUAAAUCCUAGUAGAUUGCGCCACGCCUCACGCGCAUAGUUAACGCCUGUUUUAAUCCUUUAGAUUGCA